UACAAGUCGAAACAAUAUUCUAUAUAAGUCUGGUCUCAGACCAUUGUUCUUAAACAUACAUUCACGAUUGCAGCAUCCAAUUUCAAAGUUACUCGAAUCGAAAUCCGAAAAUGAAGUUAGCGGCGAUAUUUUACUUUGCAAUACUUCACCUAAGUGUUGCAGUUUCGAUAGGCAAUGAAAACCGAACUACGGCAACUCCAAAACAAGAUGAACCCUAUGAAGAAGCCUAUGUAAGUGACCUAGAAGACUACGAUGAUGAUAUGAUUAACAUGCUCGUAGAGGACGGUGUCAUCAAUGGUCCAUCUGAUGGGUAUGCUUUGGACAAGUACGAUAUGACAGACGAAGAUGAUUUCGGGGAACUACUGGAGGCCCAUGUUUCGCGGAAGAAACGGGAUGUUGAAGCUCUUGAAGAAUUAAUUCAACCCCGUGUGUCUAGAAAAAAGCGAGAUGUGACAAUCAGUAAGAGGGAUGCACACGGUCAUGAUACCCCAACCUCGAGCCACGAGAACGUUGAUGGAUGCCCACCUUAUUUCGUUCAGUGUAUGAGCAAGUGCUACUUCUUCAGCAACUUCAUAUACAAGUACGAUGACGCCCGCAAGGCAUGCCAGGCCAGUGGGGCAGACCUAGUCGCUAUCGAAAGUGUACAAGAGGACUUGUUUUUGACGAAGAAACUCAAGUUGUUUACAAAGACCGCGAAGAAAUUAAAACAGGGAGGUCCAAAAGCAGUUAAGAAAUCUUCCGGAUUUCGCUUUGAUGCUAUCGUGAGAGCUAUGAAAGCUAGGGGAUUGGCGCAUGCUUUACCGGCGCAUCUGCGACAUAUGGCAAAAAAUGAUAAACCGUCAGAGGAUCUUCCCAACGGCUGGUGGACUAGCGCUCGGACAGCCCUACCGUAUGUCAAUAGACACAGCCCACAGGAGUGGGUCUGGGAACAGACAAAUAAGACGGUUGGCUAUACUCGCUGGUAUUCAAGCGGCCACCCUAAGACUAAUAUUCCAUGUGUGGCCAUGUGGCGCAGGUUUAAGAAUUUGGAGUGGGCGUCCACUCCUUGUAACACAUAUUUGGGACUGGCAUGUGAGAAGGACAUUUCCUACUGAUGACCAGGUCAUCUAUGAAGACUUACACUCCCUUCUUAAAGUUUGGAAACCAUGGCUCCCAAAUUGGAUAACUCGAAGCCCGUUGACAUUUUGAAUCUUAUUAAUUACAUAUUAGGACAAAUUACAGACAAAUUUUUAGAUUGCAAAGCACUAAGACUAAAAUCUGGCUUAAUAAGGGAAUUGAUGUUUCCCAAACAUUUUUCGGGAAGUGUCAAUGUGAAUAUUGAAAUCUAAAAUUGAAAGCCAAUGAAGCCAUUCAGAUUUAAAUGGUAUUUGAAGCAUGAUAAAUGUUGACCUGCAAUUAUGUAAAUUAUGAACAUAUAUAAUAAUAAAACAAAUUGAUAUGAAUGACUAUCUAGGAUUCACCAACUAUUUUAUUAAUAAUGAUUUUCCCAGCAGAAUGGCUUCAUUGAUUUGAUGGUAUAAGUCUUAAGAUACACUACACCCCCUCCAAAAGUGUGGUUACACUGACUCAACAAUAGAUAGCGUUUGUAAAAGCAUAUUUAUGUUAAAUCUGAUUUUCCCUCGAUGAUGAUGAUGAUGAACUUUAUUACUGAUAAUCCAUAUCCAGGCUAUAACACUAUAAGUUUUUGAAUGAUUUGAAGUGCAAUACAUGAUAUAUUCUGCUCGAGAAAUUCCGUAUUGGAACGAGA